UUCCCAUCCAGCACCUUUUCUUCUUUCUGCAACACCAUGGAUGACGUCGAGCAAUUGUUUCAAUGUUUCAAUGCUUCAAGUGCGGCAUCUCUCCUCCCCGUAGGCCUGUCUCUGUUCAUUCUCUUUCUUUGCAUUUGAAUUCCUUAGGCAAAACUGAAUUUGGAUUUCAUACCUCGAAAUCGAAGAAGAAUAGAAAGAUGAUCUUCUUUCACUAAAUAAAACUUCAAAUCUAUUCCGAGUUUCAUCAAUUAAAGUCCUGAAUCAAAGAUUUUGAUUUGGCUUAUUUGAGAUGAUAGUGUAGUUCUUAGUUCCAUGUUUUGUUUUCGCAGAACUUACUUUCCAAGGAAGGAAAAGAAACAGGAGAGUUCAGUGUAGAACGAGGUCUUUGCAUCAUCAGGCCUAGAACCACCAGGAAAGAGGCAGGAAAAUGCCACAGACGCACAGCUCUCCACGGAGAGUGAAGGAUUCAGAAACAUUUUUUGGAGAAUGGAGAAUGCAGAUUUAUCUCACCAGGAGAAUGUGCAGUUUAAAGACCUACUCAAAACAAAUUUCUCAUAUUUGAAUUUUUGUAUAAGCUACUCAUGUAAAAUUUUGCAUAUGCAUUGUUGUAAUAUGAAAUCAUAACAUACUUUGCAAGUCAUUUUUUAAAAACUCAAUACAUCGCAAACACUUCG